UCAGGAAAAAAGGAUACAAAUUCUCUUGUUUAUCUUCACAAACCAAAACACAAACAUAUGAUAAGCUUUACAAAUCACUGAAAUGAGCACCACAAGGUAUGUUCAUCAUGGCUCUCUUUGCUUUUCUGUGUUCUUCUUCUUCAAUUUCAUAUCUCUUGUUUUCUCUCAACUUUCUAAUAAUCAAAGAGGUAUCAUGAUUAGGUUGUCACAUUCGGUUAAUAGUAACGGUACAGUUUGGAAUACAACAGACCCGAAUCCAUGUUUAUGGGAGAGAGUUGUUUGUAGAAGUAAUAAUAUUAAUAGCUCCGUUAUUCGUAUUUCUCUUUCAAAUUUAGGUCUUUCUAGUUCUGAUUUUCUCACUGAAUUAUGUCAAAUUGAUUCAUUAGAGUAUCUUGAUGUCUCAGUAAACUCUUUAUCUUCAAUCCCAGAUGGGUUUUUCUUAGAUUGUGGAAAGCUUAAUGGAUUAAAGACGCUGGAUUUUAGUCAGAAUAAAUUGUCUGGGGUUUUGCCAAAUUUUAGUGGGUUUUCUAGUUUGGAAAUUUUGCAGCUUUCAAAGAAUCAAUUUGAGGGUUCUAUUCCUGAUGAGCUCUUCAGUUUUCAAAACCUAACUUGGGUUGAUCUUAGUAAUAAUAGGAUUUCUGGGGUUCUUUCAAAUUCAAUUGGAAGUCUCUCUAAAUUGGGUACUCUUCUCCUUUCUUCCAAUCGUUUGAAUGGUGAAAUCCCUAAGAACCUUUCCAACAUCAUAACCUUAACCCGUCUUGCUGCAAACCAGAACAACUUCUCUGGCACAAUUCCUCCGGGAAUCUCUCAGUAUGUGAAGAAUUUGGAUCUCAGUUUCAAUCAUUUAGUCGGACCCAUACCCAUCGAUCUCCUUUCCCCUCUUAACUUGGAGAUUGUUGAUCUAUCUUCUAAUUCACUAGCAGGGCCUAUUCCAGAAAAUAUUUCUACAAGUCUGUUUCGGUUGCGGUUGGGCAACAAUUCUCUUAAUGGAAGCAUUCCAUCUGCAAGCAUCGGGAAACUUCAGCAAUUGACUUAUCUCGAUCUCGGUAAUAAUAGCUUAAGUGGUGAAAUUCCAAAGGAGUUGGGGAACUGUGUGAAAUUAGCAUUGUUAGACCUGUCUCAGAACAGCUUAUCUGGUUCAUUGCCAAAGGAGUUGGGUAACCUUCGUCAGCUUGAAGUUAUGAAACUUCAGUCCAACAAUGUUUCUGGUGAAAUUCCUAACCAGAUUUCACAAUUACAGAACUUGUCAGUGUUAAACAUCAGCCAGAAUAUUCUUUCUGGUUCUAUUCCUUCAGCGAUUUCAAACUUAAAAGAACUCGUGAGUGUCAAUCUACAACAUAAUAAGCUCAAUGGUUCGAUACCGGACUCGUUCAGUAACUUGAUUUCUCUCAUAGAACUCCAACUGGGAGAAAACUGUCUAAGUGGAAAUAUUCCAAAGAUGCCACCAAAUUUGCAGAUUGCCCUGAAUAUUAGUAGAAACUAUUUUGAAGGAAGAAUCCCUGAAACCCUUGGUGGAUUAAGCGCAUUAGAGGUUCUGGAUAUCUCCAACAACAAAUUUUCAGGUAGCGUCCCGGGAUUUCUCACCACAAUGGAAAGUCUGACGCGGUUAUUGCUUUCAAAUAAUAAUCUCUCAGGAAAUCUCCCAUCAUUCAGGUCAUUUGUUGUAGUUGAUUUCUCUGGAAAUGAGGGUCUCACCAAUUCAACUACCACUAAUACUUCUACUUCAUCUACCAAUAAUACCUCACUGAAUAAGAAAAUUCCAGUCCCUAUGGUUAUUCUAAUAACAGUUAUCAGUGUUGUUCUCGGUGCUGCAGUCGCUCUAACAAUUGUGUUAUUUGUUACAAGAAAGUAUUACCGUGUUAAUGAUGUGAACACAUAUUCUGGAGAACAAAUUUCACCUCCUCAGGUUAUCGAUGGUCAUUUAUUAACUGCAAAUAGAAUCCAUAGAUCUAAUAUUGAUUUCACUGCAGCAAUGGUGCCUGUUAGUAAUACAGCGAAUGUUAUAAUUAAGAACAGAUUUUCGACCUAUUACAAAGCUGUUAUGCCAUGUGGGAGAGAUUAUUAUGUGAAGAAGCUGAAUUGGGAUGAUAACAUACUCCACCUUGGAAGCCGCGAGAAGUUUGCUAAAGAACUAGAGAUCCUGGGGAGGUUGAACAAUUCCAAUGUCAUGGUUCCAUUGGCGUAUGGAUUGACUGCUGAUAGUGCUUACCUCUUUUACGAGUACGCCCAAAAGGGAACUCUCUUUGAGGUUCUUCAUGGGAACUUGGGAAAGGUUUUGGACUGGACAAGUCGUUAUAGUAUAGCUGUUGGAAUAGCUCAAGGUCUGGUUUUUCUUCAUGGGUGCAGUAGUGGUUCGAUUCUCCUUCUCGACCUUUCAUCGAAAAGCAUUUUCCUGAAGUCCUUAAAGGAACCUCAGAUUGGUGACAUUGAGCUUGUUGAGUUGAUCGACCCGUCAAAAAAUACUGGAAGCCUUUCGACAGUUGCUGGUUCUGUUGGCUACAUUCCUCCAGAAUAUGCUUACACAAUGAGAUUGACGGUGCCAGGGAAUGUCUACAGUUUUGGGGUUAUACUGUUGGAAUUGCUCACAGGAAAACCAGCAGUCAAUGAUGGGAUUGAGUUAGCCAAAUGGGCAUUGAGUAAUACAACAGAUCGUGAUCAAAUUCUUGAUCCUACUGUCAGCAAAACAUCAAGUUGGGCUCGAAGUCAGAUGCUAUCAGUUCUUAAAAUUGCUUUAGGCUGUGUGAAUAUCUCCCCAGGAGCAAGGCCAAACAUGAAGAACGCGCUAAAUAUGCUUGUCAAUGCAAUGUAACAGAUUCUGCCAGUACCAAUCUUGUCUGAGCAAAAUAAAACAUCAAGGUCAUCCCGGCCCAUUGGUGUCCAAUUCUUUAUGCCCAAGUAGUAGUAGUUUAUACAACUAGUAUAUAUUGAUACAACUUGCACAGGGAAUGCAAAAUACCUGUCCUACAUUGUAAUAUAGGUUGCUCAAGUGAGCUAUUUUGUAGUUGUGUGUAUCUUUUAUCUAUCAUCUAGGAACAUAUGCUUAUAAUGAUCUCCGCGGGUGUUGUAUUAUGGUGAAACUCUGUAUAUAUAAAUUUAUAGUAAUCAAGUAUCAACAUAUGGUCUUUGGGAAGAA